GCAAUGCAGUUGACGUAAAUGUAGACUUGCGCCUAGCUCGUGCCUUAUUAUUCAGAUUGUAUAUUCCGUUUUGACUGCUGAACUUACUAAAUUUUCACAUUCAUUCGCCAGUGCUUCAAGACACAAUUCGCAAUGCAUUAUUUUAAUUUGUGCUGUUGGGCAUUGCUUUUUUUCACCGAAGCAUUCGCGCUGAAAGUUGAAGAGGUGUUUUUUCCGAUUCGCAAUUUUUCUUCUGAUAUCAUAGAUUUUAUAAAUAAUCCUGUAUAUGGGCGACCAGAGUUCGAUUUGGAGCGGGUCUCUUACUGGGAUUUUAAUAACGAUCAAGAACAUAAUCGACGAUUAUUAGAGAGGCGCAAAAAAUUUGAGAAUCAGACUUCAUUCUGGGAUCCUGAACAAAACUAUCACAAGCUUCCUUUGAUGACUGCAGAUAUUAAUGCCAUUUUGUCGAGCAGUGGAUAUAAGGCUAAAGAACACUUUGUAGAAACAGACGAUGGCUAUAACUUAACGCUGCACAGAAUCAUACGUGAUGAUGAAGAGCCUUCUGAAUCAACAGGCAAUGGCGUAGUUUUUAUACAGCACGGAUUACUUUUGUCUUCUGAUGCCUAUGUUCUUCAGAACCGUAAAAAAAACCUUGUACAUACAUUAGUAGAAAAUAAUUACGACGUAUGGCUAGGAAAUGCUAGAGGAAAUUCAUAUUCCAGAUCACACUCAAUUUAUAACACAAACGAAUCAGCUUUUUGGGACUUCAGCUUUCAUGAAGUCGGAGUCCAGGAUUUGAGACAUUCCAUUGACUAUGUCUUAACAAAGACAAAAUCACGAUAUUUAAGUUUCAUAGGGUAUUCAAUAGGAGCUACGGAGAGUUAUGUGCUUAUUUCAAAAUACCCUGAAUUCAAUGAAAAAAUUCGUUUACUAAUCAGUAUUUCUCCAUUACUAUUUUGGGAACGACCAGACGAUGAUGAUACUCAAAUAGACGAAAUUAUUGAGAAAAUCGAGAAUCUGGGCGAUAAUUUUGACGGAGGCGACAGUGAUGAUACUCGCACUGAUGAACUUUAUCCACUAUCUUCGUACAUGGCGUAUUUUGCUUACCAUGUGCGGGAAAGAUGUGGAGAAACUUUAUCAACUAUUUUUGGAGAUUUGCAUAUAAGAAUCGACACGGCAACUUGCUCACUUCUGAUGCGUCACAUGCCAGCGGGAACAUCAAAGAAAAAUCUUAUUCAUUUACUUCAGCUCAUUAAAUCAGGACGUUUUCAGGAAUAUGACGACGGAUUGGGUGGUGAGGAGUAUGAUUUGAGUAAAAUAACCCUUCCUCAUGCUGUUUUUGUGGGGCCUGAUGAAAAAUUUCUGUAUAAAAAGGAUAUAAAUGAACUACAGAAUAGAUUUCCUUCCUCUGUAAUAUACAAAUUCAAAUAUCCAUCUGGAAGUUACAUGAACGACUUGGAUUAUCCAUUUUCCGAAGCGUCGAAGACUAUAGCUGACGCUGUUAAAAAUCUCUUACCACUUUAUUGAAGAUUGAAAAACUGUUAUUUUAAUAUGAACAAUUAAAUUGCUCAAAAUAAAGAUCCAUGCUAUUCUUUAUAAUAAGUA